AUGGUGCGACUCUUCUCACUCAAGAUGCCGCAAGAGACCUUUGAUCGGCUUCUGCACCACCUGCCUGAGCGCGCCCAAGACCGCGUUCGGCGGUUCCGGCAUCCGGACGAUGCGGUCCGCUCCCUGGCCGCGAGGUUAUUGCCGACCUGGUACUUGCGCGAAGCCGGUAUCGUUGCUCCUUCAGAGCACCCCAAGUUUGGCGUAGCUCCUAGAGGGAAGCCGUACCUGCUUGAUCCAACGGCCAAGGUUGGCUUCAACACGACGCAUGAAGGCGAAUACGUUUUGCUGGCGGUUGGGGACGGGGAAGUCGGCGUGGAUGUCAUGGACCUGCCGAAAGACCCGCAGGAGCUCGAGGAAGGCAUCUCAUUUCAGGACGAACGACUGGGACUGUCCACGACAAGCGGCAUCAUCAAGUCGAAGUACCUGACUACGUUGUGGACAAUGAAGGAGGGCUAUACGAAGGCGAUUGGAACGGGCAUUUCAUUUGGACUCGAUCGGAUAAAUGUACAUGUCGGGGACGGGCAGGUCUCUGCUCUCGAAAUCGACGGCAAAAACGCCCGACUAGACGGCUGGCACUGGGCCGUCGGUAGCUUGGACGCCGGAGCGUACGGCUGGGCUGUGAUUUGGAACGGCGAGGAUGACCAGACUGUGACGCCGGAGCCACUCGACUGGAACUCGUUCGUGCGAUCUUUUAUCGGGCACGACUAG